GCUAUAACUGUACUAUACGAUGGUACAGGGAGAGAAUUGCGUUUCUAUUGGUUGGUGACUUCAGGAGAACUUCCUUGUUUUACUUCCUUGUGAAAUCCCUUGCUGAUGAGAUUUGCCUUUUGCCAGCUGCCCCGUUGCUGGGUUUCUUAGGCAAUGCUGACAGACGCUUUCACUCCAGUUGUUACGAACUGUGUUAACUUCCAGCUUUACAUCUGAGCUGAAGCUACUUCUUUAUCUCAAUGGGAUCACAGGAGUCAGGCAGAGAAAUCAAAAGGAAAACUACAUAUGGUGCCACCAGUUCAUCAGAAAGAAAUCACCAUGAGGAAGAUCAAGAUCAAACCUAUUUGGAUGAGAAGAUUGCCAUCCCAGAUGUGGCAGGACAUGGUUUCAGUUUUAGGAAGCUAUGGGCCUUCACUGGGCCUGGCUUCCUCAUGAGCAUUGCCUAUCUGGACCCAGGAAAUAUUGAGUCAGAUCUACAGUGUGGAGCUGUUGCUGGCUUCCAGCUCCUUUGGGUCUUGCUCUGGGCCACAAUCCUGGGGCUGCUCUGCCAACGACUGGCCAUCCGGCUUGGGGUAGUGACAGGCAAGGACCUGGGAGAGAUAUGCCAUUACUACUACCCCAAGGUGCCACGUGUGCUGCUCUGGAUCAUGAUAGAAAUUGCCAUCAUUGGCUCUGAUAUGCAGGAAGUGAUUGGGACAGCAAUUGCUUUCAAUCUUCUCUCAGCUGGACGUAUUCCUUUGUGGGGUGGAGUCUUGAUCACAAUUGUGGACACUUUCUUCUUUCUCUUCUUGGAUAAAUAUGGUCUCAGGAAACUGGAGGCCUUUUUCGGUCUCCUCAUCACAAUCAUGGCAGUGACAUUCGGCUAUGAGUAUGUGGUGGUGAGUCCCAACCAGAAAGAGGUGGUAAAAGGGAUGUUCCUGCCCUACUGCAAGGGCUGUGGGCAUGAGGAGCUUCUUCAGGCUGUGGGUAUUGUUGGAGCCAUCAUCAUGCCCCAUAACAUCUAUUUGCACUCCUCCCUUGUCAAGACCAGAGACGUGGAUCGUACCGACAAGAAGGCAGUAAAAGAGGCCAACAAGUACUUCCUUAUUGAAUCUACCAUUGCACUCUUUGUCUCCUUCCUCAUAAAUCUCUUCGUCAUGGCAGUCUUUGGACAGGCCUUCUUUCACAAACAGAACAAGGAUGUGCAUGAUGUCUGUGCCAACCAAAGCAUGUUCUCCAACCACAGUAUUUUCCCAAAUUUUCCUGAUGACAACAAUACAGUCUCGGUGGACAUUUUCCAAGGGGGAAUCAUCUUGGGCUGUUACUUUGGGCCCAUUGCACUCUACAUUUGGGCUGUUGGAAUCCUUGCAGCUGGUCAAAGUUCAACCAUGACUGGGACAUAUGCUGGACAGUUUGUUAUGGAGGGUUUCCUGAAGCUACGCUGGUCCCGCUUUGCCCGGGUGGUCUUCACUCGUUCUUUAGCCAUCCUUCCCACUGUCUUCCUUGCUGCUUUCAAGAAUGUGGAAGCUCUGACAGGCCUCAAUGACCUUCUCAAUGUAUUGCAGAGUAUCUUGUUACCUUUUGCAGUCAUACCUGUUCUCACUUUCACCAGCAUGCGGCCUCUCAUGCAAGACUUUGUCAAUGGGAUCAUUGGGAAGUUGAUAAUGAUCCUCAUCACUGGACUGGUCUGCGCAAUCAACAUCUACUUCGUGGUGACAACUGUUAUGGGCCUGGGCCAUUUAGUGUACUACAUUGUCAUAUCAUUUGUCCUGGUUGCAUAUGCAGCCUUCGUCUGCUACCUGAUUUGGACAUGCCUUAUCUCCCAUGGAGCUGCUUAUCUGGCACGGGGACCCCAUACUCGGUUUGGUUAUGGACUACAAGACUAGAGCACCACUCAGAGCUGUACCUUGGAAGCUGAUAAAUUGCCACACUCCAUCCUUAUUAUGACAAGAAGCAUCUGACCCUUUGGUUUUGCAAAGAGGUAGAGGUGCUAGAACAUUGAUUUUGACUGGCAAGGAUGUCGUCAAGUGGCAAAAUGUAUGUUUUAUGUCCAGAAAGUUCUCAGUGUCCUUUGAAGAAUCUUGAGACACCGAAAAGCUGUGGCCAGUUAAGCUAGAGGACCUGACAGCAUAUUGUUCUAAUAGGAAAGAAUAUCUUCAGUGGAACAAACUGAAGAUAAUGACUAAAGAAUGACUAAGCAACUGUUCCAAAUGACCCACACAUCCUCUUCUAGGCAAAACAAAGUGGUUUACAUAGUUUUCUGUUAAGGCAUCAUUUCAAAAUUCAAGGAAACUAUUAUGGACAUGAUCGCAGAUACACAUGCACACAUACACAAAUGGCACCUUUGGUGUGAUCUGACAAGCCAUAAAAAAACAAGUCACUUUCCCAAGAAAUAGAGCACUGAGCUUUGCUAAGCCACAUCUGUAACACUAUUCAAAUGCCCAUUUCUCAAACAAAAAACUGGAAAUAUUGAGAGAAAAUCACAAUGCCCCAUACAAAUGCAACUAGACAAUCCCCCCAUGAAGGGAUGUAAUUAUGGAGGGUAGGUAUGAAGGCAUUACCCUCCAAUAAAAAAAAUCUGUCCCCAUGAAUUUUUCCAGUGAGUCAACAGUGGGAUGAUUUCCUUGGGAGGUGAUGGACUCUCAAUCUUCAGCUGCAUUGACCUUGAGAUUGAAGGACUGUCUCUCAGUGUGUUUUUGCUGUGGAUUCCUGCAUGACAAGGGGUUCAAUUGGAUGACCAUUGUGGUCCCUUCCAACUCUACAAUUUGACUUGUGACUGGAGACAUUGAGGUUCUCCAGAUGUUGGUGAACUACUUCUCUUUGUGUUCCUCAACACUGGCCAGUCUGGCAAAUGGGAAUCCAACAUUAUGUAGGCUACCUAUUCUAGCCACUCUCCCUCAACAAAUGUACACUAUAUAAGUGACAUAACUUGCCAUUGGGAAGGAAACACAAACUUUCAAAUCUGUUCUUUUAGCAUGUACAGUUUUUUUUCCAUGUCAGGAACAACUUGAGAAACUGCAAGUUGCUUCUGGUGUGAGAAAAUUGGCUGUCUGCAAGGAUGUUGCCCAGGGGGUGGCUGGAUGUUUUACCAUCCUUGUGGGAGGCUUCUCUCAUGUCCUUGCAAUGGGGAGCUAGAUCUGACAGAGGGAGUUCAACCAGCUCUUCCUGGAUUCGAACCACUGACCUGCCGGUCAGCAGUCCUGCUGCCCAAGGAAUUACCCCAUUGCACCACUGUCGAACUGGACAGGUCGUAGGUUCGAAUCCGGGGAGAGGCGAGCUCCCUCUAUCAGCUCCAUAUGGGGACAUGAGAGAAGCCUCCCACAAGGAUGAUAAAAACAUUAAAUCAUCCGGGCGUCCCCUGGGCAACGUCCUUGCAGAUGGCCAAUUCUCUCAUACCAGAAGCGACUUGCAGUUUCUCAAGUCGCUCCUGACACGAUAAAAAAAACCCCACUAGAAGCUCAUGUACAGUUUAUAUGGUUUGGCAUGUAUUAACUUGUGUUUAAUGACCAUACAACCAUGGACCUCCAGAUGUUCUUGACAUCUAUUUCCAGCAGCAAUAACUAGUAUAGCUAAUGUUGCAGUCCAAUAAUAUCUAAAUGCUUAAUUGCUUACUUAUGACAUUAGUCUUUGCCUGUAAGGAAAGUAGAGUUUGAUAUUUGAAAAGAAGAGGAAAUUUGACAGAGUUCAAUAUGAAAUGGCUUGCACUGACUGAAAUUCUCUGU